UCCACUUUCUUGUGAUCUCAUCAAAACAAAUCUUCAACACUUUCUACUUCAACCAACAACCAUGAACUCCAUGCUUUUCCGCUCAGGUUCCGGCCCCAUCCCUGUCCAAGCUCCGCCCUCCUCAGCCUCACCUCGCCCCUCCAUCUCCGUACCGUCGCCGCGCCGCCCCAGCAUCCGCCGGUCCUCUUCGGAGUCCAACGUCAUCCGAUCGGAGACGAGGACGCCAAGCCGGCAGCGCUCCCGCUCCUUCAGUUCACUGCGGAUACCCGAGGAGCUGGGAACCCCCGGCGGGGGAAUGAACAAGAACCGGAACUCUGGGGGCGGCGGAGGGAACGGCGGCGCAGAGGGGGACGACAUCGGGGCUUAUUACGAAGAGAUGAUUAGGUCCAAUCCCACCAACUCUUUGCUCUUGAGAAACUACGGCAGAUAUUUGCAUCAGGUGGUGGGAGAUGUGGUGAAAGCGGAGGAGUAUUAUGGGAGGGCAAUAUUGGCAAGCCCAGGAGAUGGAGAAGUGCUAUCUCUAUAUGGGAACUUAAUAUGGGAGACUCAUAGAGAUGAGAGCAGAGCCAAUUCUUAUUUCACUCAAGCCAUUCAAGCGUCCCCUAACGACUCUAUGGUUUUGGGUUCGUAUGCGCAUUUCUUGUGGGAAGCAGAGGAUGAAGAAGAAAUGGAGACUCAACUUCCACCAAUCAUGGUCUCAGCUUUCUGACUUUGUAUGCAUGAAUAUAUAUAUGGAGAGAGUAUUGAGAGGAGCUGUUCUAACGACUAUACGAAUUGUAUGUUAACCAUAAUAAAUGAGAAUGUAUCUAACUAGCCUUACCUGGCUCAUGUUUGUUUGGGUAAAUUAAUAUGAACCGUUGAAAUUUAUGUGCUAAUAUUUGAUCUUCCUUUGUUCCA